AUGGAGCAUAGCGAGAGGGCCGGAUUGGCAAGUGGAUUGGCAGGUUUACGGAUUGAAACGCAGUUUCACGAGCGGAACAAGCCCAAAUGGGCGAAUGAAAAUGCCGGGAGGAAGGCGACAACAGUGGGCGAUGGUAUCGAGAGCGAUCACACCAAUCAAUCUCAUGAUUAUGCGCGUCGCCACGAUACUGAUGAAGACCGCAGUUUGUUAAGUGAUCUACACUCAGCGACUCCUCCCAUAUCCGUCCCUCGCCCCGGUGAGCAGCAUCACGAACACGAUGCCGACAACUUCCCGCACAAACCUGAUGAUGUGCAGGGAUCCCCUCUCGACAGCUAUCUCCACACUCGUCGACCCUCAAUCUCUUUCAACCCAAAGGUCUCUGUGGACUCUGGCAACCAAAUUCCACUGGAAGAGCCACUGUCGAUGGGAGAUGUGAAGAACCGUCCACCACAAAAAUUUGAGUCUCGUAGCUCUGGACUCCGAAAUGCUCUUUCGCAAGAUGAUGAUCAUGUCGAAUCGAACCAGUCUCCGAACUGGAGUCCCAAACGAUCUCUGGAUCGGACUUUUCCGACCGGGGAAUCCCGAGCCCGGCCAUUUGCGAGAUCUGAGAAUGGCUCGAUGGCGGGCUCAGAGCUUGAUCGUCCGACGUCCCUGACAUCGCACCACACGUUGCUGUCGCCAUUCUGCGUGCCAUCGCCAACUCAAUCCUUUGCAUCGCCCGAAGACCGCUGCAGCUCUUGGUCUGGAGGGAUCGCAACCCCCUUCGGAAGCAAGCGCAGCUCUACUCUAGAUCGCAGCAGCAGUCUUCGAAACUCCACCCGGCAUAGUUCUCGACGAUCGACAAACUCGAGUGGCAAGUCGCCCGCCAGUAUGUUUCUUUCCAUGUGGAACACAGUUGAAGAGCCUGCUCCCCAGCCCGAUGACGAAGGCCAGAUGGUUGGAGACGACUAUGUUCUCGGAAAGCAAAUCGGGUUUGGGGGUUUCAGUACGGUGAAAGAGGCCUAUAAAGCCGAAAAGCACGGUGAAACUAAGAGACUUGCCGUGAAGAUCGUGAAAAAGCAGAUAACAGGGCGAAGUGAGCGCGAAAACGACGAAGUGCAGGCCGAGUUCGACCACGAAGUGCGAGUCUGGCGGUACCUCAGCCAUCCGCAUGUAUUGACGCUCGAUGCCGUGUACGAAACAGAUUACGCCACGUUUUGCUUCACCAAACUUGCUAUUGGUGGCACUCUCUUCGACCUAGUCCGCCAAAAUCGGACCGGUCUAGAUACGGAAUUAGCAAAGAAAUAUGCAUACCAACUAGCCUGUGCAAUUCGUUACCUACACGAAGAUGCCCGCGUGGUUCAUCGAGACAUCAAGUUAGAGAACUGUUUGCUCGACCCUAUUGAGUCUGCUGACGGCACGACAUCUUCGACACUGGUACUGUGUGAUUUCGGAAUGGCGGAAUGGAUGUCCAUCGACAACGGUGGAGACUCUCCCGAUCCCUACGAGGAUGCCGCCGACCGUCCGCCGCCUCAGCAAAUGGGCCCUGCAGGAUCCAGUACCAGUGUUGCUGGUAGUCUGGAAUACGCAUCGCCUGAACUGCUUCAAUCAGUAGGCGGUGUUGUGCACCCUUCAGUCGAUAUGUGGGCCUUUGGUGUUAUCGUCUAUACCGUUAUUGUCGGCUCACGGCCUUUCCAAGACUCCUUUACCCCUCGCAUCCAAGCAAAUAUUCUCAGCGGCACCUGGGAUUAUAAUGCCGUGUUCGGUGGCACUAUAGACGGCCACCUUCGCCAAGAUCGCCAGUACGCCCUCGACUUAAUCCGCGGGUGUCUUGAAAUGGACCCCAACAAGCGUUGGGCUAUUCGCGAUGUACUAGCUUCGUCCUGGCUACGAGAGGUUCAUGAGACAGCUGAGCCCUCACCCGAUACUGUAUGGAGACUAUGA